AUGUCUGCCCCACCUGCUGAGCCUGUUGAGCUGCCUGUUGCGCCGCCAGUUGAGCCUGAAUCCGACAUCCCAGUUGUAAGAUCCUUUGUUCGUCGCCGCGAACUGCAGACUGGCCUGCGUUCUACACAGAAGUCUUUAAGCGGGUGGAUUGAGCAGUUAGAGAUGUCUAUCGAUUUCAAAUCUGACGAUGGUACUGUCACUAACGACCACGUCUUCUCGGUGUGGUCAAGAACCUUCGUUGAAGCUGGCGAAAAGUUUGGAAAGACUUUCCGCAUAGCUGACUUGGCGAGGGAAUAUAUUGUAGGCGCCGGUUUCGAUAAAGUGGUGGAAAAGAAGUUUGGGCAAUGGCUCUCCUGA